GGAGGACUGAGACAGUUCUGGGUGCAGGCGUGUGAGUGUGUGUAUGUAUGUGAUCACUACCUCUGUUAAGAAUAGACCAGAGGACUAACACGGGUCUGGCGGAAUAGCAGCUGACAAAGCUUUACCCAGGACCCAACCAUGGAAGGGAAGGAAGAGAUGGAAAUGCUGGCUGAUGCCAAACCCCAUGAAAAUGGGCGAAUACGUGAGACCAAGGCAGAGGAUGACAAAAAGGAUGAAGAGAAGAAGAAAGAUAAACUGGAAAAGAUACCUCUGGUUGGCGUCUUUGCUCUGUUCAGGUUUGCAGAAGCCUCGGACAUUGUGUUGAUCAUCUUGGGGACAGUGAUGGCGGCGGUCCACGGGGCGGUGCUUCCUCUCAUGUGUAUAGUGUUUGGGGACAUGACAGACAGCUUUAUACAUAAUGGCCAAGCAAACAAUAACACGUCAUACGAAAAGCUCACCAAAAUCUAUAUAAACAGCACCUUAGAAGAGGAUAUGACAGGCUUUGCCAUCUACUACUCCAUCAUGGGGUUUGUCGUGUUGGUGGCGGCCUACAUGCAGGUUUCCUUCUGGGCUCUGGCAGCCGGGCGGCAGGUCAAACGCAUCCGCAAGUUGUUUUUCCAUCGUAUCAUGCAGCAGGACAUCAGCUGGUUCGAUGUCACUGAGACAGGAGAGCUCAACACACGUCUCACAGAUGAUGUCUAUAAGAUCCAAGAGGGAAUUGGAGACAAGGUGGGGAUGCUGAUCCAGGCCUUCUCCACCUUCAUCACAUCCUUUAUCAUUGGCUUCAUCAAAGGCUGGAAACUCACUCUUGUAAUCCUGGCCGUCAGCCCCGCGUUGGGGCUUUCAGCUGCAAUUUUCGGCAAAGUGCUGACCAACUUCACCGCUAAAGAGCAGACUGCAUAUGCCAAAGCUGGUGCCGUGGCAGAAGAGGUGCUUUCUGCCAUCAGGACAGUGUUUGCCUUCAGUGGUCAGGACAGAGAGAUCAAGAGAUAUAAUAAGAACUUGGAAGAUGCAAAGAACAUGGGAAUAAAGAAGGCCAUUUCUGCCAAUAUUGCCAUGGGCUUCACCUUCCUGAUGAUCUACAUGUCCUAUGCUCUGGCUUUCUGGUAUGGCAGUACACUUAUCCUGAGUAAGGAGUACACCAUUGGAUCUGUACUCACCGUGUUUUUCGUCGUGCUUAUUGGAGCAUUCACAAUGGGACAGACCUCUCCCAACAUCCAGUCCUUUGCCAGCGCCCGGGGAGCUGCAUAUAAAGUCUACAACAUCAUUGAUCAUGAUCCGGUCAUCGACAGCUAUUCAGAUACUGGCUUCAAGCCUGACUCAAUCACUGGAAACAUUGAGUUCAAGAACAUCCACUUCAGCUAUCCCUCAAGGCCCGAUGUCAAAAUUUUAACUAACUUGAAUUUGAGUGUGAAGAGUGGACAGACCAUUGCCUUAGUGGGUAGCAGCGGCUGUGGUAAAAGCACCACGAUCCAGCUGCUGCAGAGGUUCUACGAUCCACAUGAAGGAUCAGUAUUCAUUGAUGAUCACGACAUUCGUUCUCUUAACGUCCGCUACUUGAGAGAGAUGAUUGGAGUGGUUAGUCAAGAGCCAAUCCUCUUUGCCACGACCAUUGCAGAGAACAUCAAAUACGGUCGACCUGACGUGACGAGGCAGGAGAUUGAGCAAGCUGCCAAGGAGGCCAAUGCUUACGACUUCAUCAUGACCCUUCCUGAUAAGUUUGAGACGCUGGUCGGUGACCGAGGGACUCAGAUGAGUGGAGGACAGAAGCAGAGGAUUGCAAUUGCUCGAGCUCUGGUCCGCAACCCAAAAAUUCUCCUGCUGGAUGAAGCAACAUCUGCUCUUGAUGCUGAGAGUGAGAAAAUUGUGCAAUCUGCCCUUGACAAGGUCCGACUGGGUCGUACCACCAUAGUUGUGGCCCACCGCCUGUCAACUAUCAGGAAUGCUGACGUCAUUGCUGGCUUCAAUCAAGGCAAAGUUGUAGAGCUGGGGACUCACAACCAGCUGAUGGAAAAAAAUGGUGUCUACUAUACACUCGUCACCAUGCAGACCUUUCAGAAAGCCGACGAUGGGGAGGAGGGUGAAUUUGUGCAGUCCGACGAUGAAAAGAGACCGUUAGCCAAGUCCUUCUCUCAGUCAUCUCUGCACAGGAGGAAGUCCACAAGAGGCUCCUCCAUUGCUGGUUCAGAGGGAGACAGAGAGGAGAAAGAAAAGUUGAAGGAUAUAUCGGAGAAGCCAGAAGAGGAAGAAAAUGUUCCUCCUGUGUCUUUCCUAAAAGUGAUGCGUCUCAACCUUCCUGAGUGGCCCUACAUUGUGGUGGGGACCAUUUGUGCCAUCAUCAAUGGAAUAAUGCAGCCUCUGUUUGCUGUCAUCUUCUCCAAAAUCAUCACUGUGUUUACAGAAAAAAAUCAAGAAAUUGUCCGAGCAAGGUCUGAAUUUUUCUCCCUCAUGUUUGCUGCGAUUGGAGGUGUAACUUUUUUCACCAUGUUUCUACAGGGUUUCUGUUUUGGUAAAUCUGGAGAGAUGCUGACCCUGAAACUGAGACUUGGGGCCUUUAAGUCCAUGAUGAGACAGGACCUCGGCUGGUUUGAUAACCCCAAAAACAGCAUUGGAGCGCUCACUACGAGACUGGCCACAGACGCUGCCCAAGUACAAGGAGCUACAGGAGUACGCAUGGCCACACUGGCCCAGAACUUAGCCAACUUGGGCACCAGUGUGAUCAUCGCCUUUGUUUAUGGAUGGGAACUGACCCUGCUCAUCCUGUCUGUGGUGCCUGUCAUGGCAGUGGCCGGAUCUGUGCAGAUGCAGCUGCUUGCUGGACACGCUGCCGAAGACAAGAAGGAGCUUGAGAAGGCUGGAAAGAUUGCUACAGAGGCCAUCGAGAAUAUCCGCACUGUUGCCUCUCUCACCAGAGAACCCAAGUUUGAGUCUUUGUAUGAGGAAAACCUCGAAGGGCCAUUCAAGAACUCCCAGAAAAAGGCCCAUGUGUACGGUUUAACCUUUUCCUUCUCCCAGGCCAUGAUCUACUUUGCUUAUGCGGGCGCGUUCCGCUUUGGAGCUUGGCUCAUUCAGCAUGGAAGGAUGGAUGUCGAAGGGGUAUACCUGGUGAUUUCAGCUGUUUUGUUCGGUGCUAUGGCCGUCGGCGAGGCCAACUCCUUCACUCCCAACUACGCUAAGGCCAAAAUGUCUGCUUCCCACCUCAUGUUGCUGAUGAACAGAGAGCCUGCCAUUGAUAACCUGUCAGAGGCGGGAGAGUCACCGGACAAAUUCGAUGGUAAUGUGCGUUUUGAGGGUGUUAAAUUUAACUAUCCAUCACGCCCGGACCUACCCAUCCUCCGAGGGCUCAACCUGAAGGUGAGCAAGGGAGAGACUCUGGCCUUGGUGGGGAGCAGCGGCUGUGGAAAGAGCACGACCAUCCAGCUUCUGGAGAGGUUUUACGACCCCAUGCAAGGGAGAGUGGUGCUGGAUAGCAAACGUGUGGACCAGCUUAACAUCCACUGGCUAAGAGCCCAGAUAGGCAUUGUAUCGCAGGAGCCUGUGCUGUUUGACUGCACCAUAGCUGAGAACAUCGCCUAUGGAGACAACAGCCGCACUGUAACUAUGGAAGAGAUACAGGCAGCUGCUAAAGCGGCCAACAUUCACAACUUCAUAGACGGCCUGCCAAAGGGGUACAACACUCAGGCAGGUGAUAAGGGGACCCAGCUGUCAGGUGGUCAGAAGCAGCGUAUAGCCAUUGCCCGAGCCAUCCUCCGCAACCCCAAACUGCUGCUGCUGGAUGAGGCCACAUCUGCACUCGACACUGAGAGUGAGAAGGUGGUGCAGGAUGCGCUGGACCAAGCCAGGCAGGGCAGGACGUGUAUCGUUGUGGCUCACCGUCUGUCCACCAUUCAAAACGCAGACCGCAUCGCUGUCUUCCAGGCAGGAGUGGUGGUAGAGCAGGGGACACAUCAACAGCUGCUGGCCAAGAAAGGCAUCUACCACAUGCUGGUCAACACACAGAUGGGUCACGAUAGUCAUUGAGAGGACACUGAGAGCAAUACUACACUGAUUGUUUUGUCAACUUUAUGUUUCCAAAGAGCUGGAUUAAUCCCUAUCUUAUCCUCAACUCAUUUUCAGACCAAGCAGCUUCAGCAGAGCAGUUGGUUAUUUAUUGAAUGUACUGACUGCAAACUUGGAGAUUUGACUCUGUGAUCUUUUAGCCGUGUGAGUUAAAAGAGUUUUCACAGAAGACAUCUUGACAAUAAUAAAAUCAAUAACGGCUCAAUUCCAUUUAGAGGCUCUGGCUUCAGGGUUGACUUGUUGCUGUUAAUAGUAACACUUGUGCUUUUCCUACUGCAAGUCGAAAUGUCCACUGUGAAAAAUGCAUUUUGUACCCUCUCAUGUUUUCUUUAUACUUUUACUAUCCAUUCAGUUCUAUACCUCGUGAACUGGGACUCUCUUAUGGCCAGUCCUUUUUUCUCUUAAGAUGGAGUCGCUUGAUGGAAACAAACCUUAGCAGUUGCUGAUUUCUGGUACCAUCUUCUGUUUAGUGCGAGAUACUUGAUACUAUGACCAAUGGACAGUAAUUAAAGCUGGAUUACCUUUGACACUGAGCUCAUCACAAAUACGAUUUGUUCUACAGUAGUGUUUGUAUUUAGGGAAAUUCUUUAUUGAUUGUAAUGUUGCAGUUUAAUGUUUUUUCAACAGUCCGAGUUCAUAAUUGAGCAGAAGUGCCUGAACUGUUUCACCAAAGAAAGUAUUUUAUACACAGGACCAAGCAGCACUUUAACUGCAAUCAUGAAGAAUCCCAUUUUGUUUCUACAAGAAAUGAACAGAAUGACUAACCUAUCUGCAGAAUAUGCUUGUAUGUAACUUAACUAUUAAAGUUUUAUAUUCGAUUAUUGAAA